AUGAACUUUGCUCUUCCGACCGCUUUGUUUUUUGUCUUGAUUGCUACGGCAUCAUGCCAAUUCCUGCAAUAUGACGACCUCUCCGUUCUCGGAGAAGUUGUCGAAGGUUCUGGUGUGGAGGGUGAGAAGACUGCAGCUUCUUCUUCAACUACCGAAGCUACUACCACCACUGUUGCUGAGACCACAACUACAGUAGCCCCAUCAACUACUGAAGUCGAAGCGACUACAACGACUGAAGCUACAACCACUGUUGCUGAGACAACCACAUCUGAAGCUACCACUACAACUGUUGUGUCUACCACAGUUAGCACUAGUGAACCUACUACAGAAGAGACUACAACAACUACCACUGAGGAGCCAACUACUACUGAAGAAAUAACAACCACCGAAGUCGUCAUCUCAGAGACCACCCCAACCGAAGAAGUCGACGAGGAAAGUUUCCUUGGCUUCAAGAAACCAGACCUUGCCACCAUCUACCGUAGACUCUUCCCAUUCCAACAUCAUCCAGGACAAAAGCACUAUCAAGGACAGUUUGGACAGCAAGGAGGCUUCUAA